UCUUAGCCUUGUAUUGAAAGCUUUUAUCAUGACUUAUUAAUAAUGAUAUUGUAUAUAAUAAACUACUCUUUCUGGACUACAAGAUUAUUCAGUAUAUGAUAACACUAUACAAACAUGAAGUUUAAUGGAAACCAUGUCAAAAUUUUCAAUAAAAAAAGUAAAGCAUUGCAGAAGAAGAAAAACAAAAUUGGCAAUUCACGUGUAUCUUUACUUAAUGACUCUGUGACCGAGAAACAGCUUUUGAUACCAGCUGAUUUUGGAAAACAUUUGUCUAUAAUUCCAUCUAAAGCUUGGGAUAAAUUUAAGAAAAGAUCAUUGAAAGAUGAUCAUGGCUAUGGUUCUCAACCUGAAAAAAAAUUGAAGUUAGCAAAAAGCAAAAACACUUCAGUUUUUCCACAAUGUGGUUUUUUCCAGGGGAAGAAAAAAAAGAACUCUAUUAAAGGUAAAGGCAUCUUAUUUAAAAAAGGGAUUUAUAAAAGUGAUAAACAUCAGAAAAAAAGCACCUCAAGAAACAGGAAUAUAGAAAUGAAACAGAAGAAACUAAACAAGAAUGCAAGGAAGCACAAAAAAUAUAUAUUGCUUGAUAGUUCAGUUGUGGAUACUGUUAAUGCGGAAGACAAGUCAGAGAAUGUGCAUGCAUCCCUUAAAAAAAUUGAGAGUAGCAAUAAAAUUGCAGCCAAAAUAGAGCAAAGGUCUUUUCAAAAUGGGUGUACGAGUAACAUUUCAAAGAAAACAGAAUGUGUUGCUGACAAAAAGCCUGAAAAGAACAGAACUUUUAAUAACACAGGUUAUAUAAAGCGGCCUUCACAUUUGCAGAAAAUGAGCUCCUCAGACAGCAAAAGUAAAGUGGAAAAAAUGGAGCUUUUGUCACAACGCAGGUCUCUUCCUAUUUUUCCUGUUCAACAAGAACUUGUAAGAGAAGCCUGGAAAAAUCAUUCCAUCAUUCUCAUUGGUGAAACAGCUUGUGGAAAGACUACACAGGUACCUCAGUUUUUAUACUCAGCAGGUGUUCACAGUAAUGGAGUGAUUGGUAUCACACAGCCUCGUAGGGUAGCUGCUAUAACAAUAGCAGAGCGUGUGUCUCUAGAAAUGGGAAUAGAUCUUGGUGAUUUGGUUGGUUAUUCAGUUCGAUUUGAUGACAUGACUUCAGAAAAAACAAAGAUCAAGUACCAAACUGAUGGAAUGUUGUUGAGGGAGUCUAUAUCUGAUCCUCUGUUGAAAAGGUAUAAUGUGAUAAUUCUAGAUGAAGCUCAUGAACGAACUUUACACACUGAUGUUCUGUUUGGAAUAAUUAAGUCAGCUCAAAUUCAGAGAAAAAGAAAAAAGUUGCACCCUCUUAAGAUUAUUGUGAUGUCAGCAACAAUGGAUGUGGACCACUUUUCUCAGUAUUUCAACAAUGCUCCUGUAUAUUAUUUAGAAGGGAGACAAUACUCUGUUCAGAUGAUGUACACAAUGAAGGAGCAAGAAGACUAUGUUUUCACUGCUCUGGUCACUGUGUUUCAGAUUCAUCAGUACGAACCUGAAGGUGACAUUCUUGUAUUUUGUACUGGUCAAGAAGAAAUUGAAUCAAUGGUGAAAGCUGUACGAGAAACUUCUUCACAGUUACCAUUUGAUUGUGCUCCACUUACUGUCUUCCCUCUUUAUGCAGCAUUACCAUCAGCACAUCAGUUAAGAGUAUUUCAACCUGUUGCAAAGGGCUCCAGGAAAGUUAUCUUUUCAACAAACAUUGCUGAAACUUCAAUCACAAUUCCUGGCAUUAAGUAUGUGAUUGAUACAGGGAUGGUGAAGGCAAGGACAUACCAUCCAGGAAGUGGCUUAGACCUUUUGAAAGUACAGAAAAUCUCAAAGGCACAAGCAUGGCAACGAGCUGGCAGGGCUGGUAGAGAAAUGAGUGGAGUUUGUUACAGACUGUACACCAAGCAGGAAUAUGAAAAUCUCAGAGAAUAUAGUAUUCCAGAAAUUCAGAGAUGUAAUUUAGCAAGUGUGAUUCUACAGUUACUUGCAAUUGGUAUCAAAGAUGUUGAGCACUUUGACUUUAUGGACAAACCCUCACCUGAGAUAGUAUCCAGUGCUUUGUUGCAGCUUCAACUUUUGAGUGCUGUGGAAAAAGAAGACUCUUGUUGGAAGCUCACAUCCCAGGGAAAACAGAUGGCACUGUUUCCUCUUGAACCAAGAUUUGCCAAAGUUAUUUUCAUGUCAAAAGAACUUGGGUGCACGGAAGAAAUUCUGACCAUCAUUUCACUUCUUUCUGUUGAAUCUGUGGUUUUUGUUCCAUCUAAAAAGAGGGAGAUAGCCGUAGAGGUUCACAAGAAGUUCCAGUCUAAUGAGGGAGAUCAUAUCAUGCUGAUGAAUAUCUACAGAUCUUUCAAGAGUGUGAAAGGAAACAAGAAAUGGUGUACUGAUAACUUUGUCCACCAUCGGAAUUUAUUGAUGGCUGUAGAAGUAAGGAAACAGUUGGCUGAACUCUGUAAACAUGUAGGGAUCCCACUGAAGUCUUGUGGUCAAGACACAGCACGUGUAAGGAAAUGUCUUGCAUAUGGAUUGUUCUUGAAUGCUGCAGAGCUUCAGAGAGAAGGAGGCUAUAACACACUUGAUACUCGACAACGAGUGACUAUUCACCCAUCAUCGUGUUUGUUUGUGAACAAACCGGCUUAUGUCGUGUUUACUGAACUGAUACAAACUUCCAAGUGUUACAUGAGAUAUCUUAGCAUCGUUGACCCUGAUUGGCUUUUAGAAGCUGCCCCAAGCUACUUCAGACAGAAGAGACUGUACAAGGUCAAUUAGAUAGUAAUGAUCUUCAUGAUCGUUACAACGUUUUUUAUGAGCCCUGUGGAAACUCAGUUUGUAAAAACAAAACAUUUUAUUACACAAAAUAACUGGCAGACUCUUAUAUUGUGUCAUGUAUUUUUUCAUCAUACAAUUUGAAAUAAAAAAUAUAUGAAGUU